UUCUCAUCACUAGCAAACCUACGAUUACUGUGUUUUGAACGAAAGCAGUAACUAACCCAUAAUGUCUGGAAGAGGUAAAACCGGAGCAAAGGCCCGCGCUAAGGCUAAGACCCGCAGCUCCCGUGCUGGUCUGCAGUUCCCCGUGGGUCGUGUCCACCGUCUUCUCCGCAAGGGUAACUACGCAGAGAGAGUGGGCGCCGGGGCCCCCGUUUACCUGGCCGCCGUCCUCGAGUACCUCACCGCUGAGAUCUUGGAGCUGGCCGGCAAUGCCGCCAGGGACAACAAGAAGACUCGCAUCAUCCCUCGUCACCUCCAGCUGGCUGUACGCAACGACGAAGAGCUGAACAAACUCCUCGGUGGCGUGACUAUCGCACAGGGUGGCGUCCUGCCCAACAUCCAGGCCGUCCUGCUGCCCAAGAAGACCGGCCAGUCUGCACCGAGCUCCGGCAAGGCGGGAAAGAAGGCCUCCUCUCAGUCACAGGAGUAUUAGCUUGCUGGCUAAUAACUUGAAUACCCAAAGGUCCUUUUAAGGGCCACCCACUCCUAAUUGAAAGAGCAAAUUUUCCUGAUUACUGCUGUCUUGCCUCGCCUUUCGCAUGAUUUUUAUUUAAUAAAAGCGUUUUUUUUUU